CGGGCGGCCGUGCCGCCGCCGCGGGGCGGGACCGCCCCCCCUCGCCCGUCCGCCGAGGAGCCCGGCCACGCUCUCUUCCCUCCUGCUUCCUCACUGUGGUGGCUGGGCUGUUUCUCCCAUGACUCUCUGCGUCUAGACCUGGCUGUCCCGUGCCUUUGCCAAUCAAACCUGAGCUUCCUCCUCUGACAGUGAAGAGAGGGGCUCCUGCCCUUCUGGGGUAAUUUUUCCCACCCUCACCUUGACACCAAGCCGCCUCUGCUUGUGCCUCCCCGUGCCCCCCGCCCUGCCCACCCUGGGCACCCGUCACCCAUGGACGACUCGGAAGUGGAGUCGACCGCCAGCAUCCUUGCCUCUGUCAAGGAGCAGGAGGCACAGUUCGAGAAGCUGACCCGGGCCCUGGAGGAGGAACGGCGCCAUGUCUCAGCCCAGCUGGAGCGAGUCCGGGUCUCCCCACAGGACGCCGGCCCGGGCUUGGCCAACGGCACGCUCACCCGGCGGCACCAGAAUGGACGUUUCCUGGGUGAUGCUGACCUGGAAAGGCAGAAAUACUCAGAUCUGAAGCUCAACGGGCCACAGGACCACAGCCACCUCUUGUACAGCACAAUCCCUAGGAUGCAGGACCCGGGCCAAAUCGUGGAGGAGACAUACACCAUGGAGGAGGACCCAGAAGGUGCCAUGUCAGUCGUGUCUGUAGAGACAUCAGAUGAUGGGACGACUCGGCGUACAGAGACCACGGUGAAGAAAGUGGUGAAGACUGUGACCACCCGGACAGUGCAGCAGGUGCCAGUGGGGCCUGACGGGCUGCCUUUGGAAACGUCCCCUGUCACCAGCAACUACGUCCAGACUAUGGACAGGAACUUCCGCAAGAAUGGCAACGGGGGACCCGGCAGCUACCUGGGCCAGGCGGGCACGGCCACCCUCCCUCGCAACUACCACUACCCCGACGGCUACGGCCGCCCCUACGAGGAUGGGUACCCGGGCAGCGACCACAGCUACGGCAGCCUGUCCCGCGUCACCCGCAUUGACGAGCGCUACCGCCCCUCCAUGGACACCUACCGGGCCCCCAGCCGCCAGGACAUCUACGGCCCCCAGCCCCAAGUGCGUGUUGGGGGCAGCAACAUGGACCUCAACCAUUUCCACCCCGAGCCCUACGGCCUGGAGGACGACCAGCGUAGUGUGGGCUUUGAAGACGUGGACUACGGGCUCAUGUCUGACUAUGGCACAGCCAGGAGGGCGGGGACCCCAUCUGAUGCUCGCCGGCGGCUCAGGAGUUAUGAAGACAUGCUGGUGGAUGAAGUGGCCCCCGACCGGUACUACUGGGCCCCGCUGGCCCAGCACGAGCGGGGCAGCCUGGCCAGCCUGGACAGCCUGCGGAAAGGCGGCCCGGCCCCAGGGAACUGGCGCCAGCCGGAGCUGCCGGAGGUCAUAGCCAUGCUGAGCUUCCGGCUGGAUGCCGUCAAGUCCAAUGCAGCCGCCUACCUGCAGCACCUGUGCUACCGCAACGACAAGGUGAAGACAGAGGUGCGCCGGCUGAAGGGCAUCCCCGUGCUCGUGGGGCUGCUGGACCACCCCAAGAAGGAGGUGCACUACGGCGCCUGUGGAGCUCUCAAGAACAUCUCCUUCGGCAAGGACCAGGAUAACAAGAUCGCCAUCAAGAACUGCGACGGGGUGCCCGCGCUGGUGCGCCUGCUGCGCAAGGCUCACGACAUGGACCUCACCGAGGUCAUCACAGGGACGCUGUGGAACCUGUCCUCGCACGACUCCAUCAAGAUGGCCAUCGUGGAUCAUGCACUACAUGCCCUGACCGAUGAGGUGGUCAUUCCCCGCUCCGGCUGGGAGCGGGAGCCCAAUGAGGAUUCCAAACCCCGCCAUAUAGAGUGGGAGUCGGUGCUCACCAACACCGCUGGCUGCCUUAGGAAUGUGAGCUCCGAGCGGAGCGAGGCCCGUCGGAAGCUGCGGGAAUGUGACGGGCUGGUGGAUGCCCUGAUCUACAUCGUGCAGUCCGAGAUCGGCCAGAAGGACUUGGACAGCAAGCUGGUGGAGAACUGUGUGUGCCUGCUGAGGAACCUCUCCUACCAAGUCCACCGCGAGAUCCCCCACGCCGAGCGCUACCAGGAGACGCCCCUUGUCCCUGCCAACAACGCUGCACCCCACAAUGCCAGCUGCUUUGGGGCCAAGAAAGGCAAAGACGAGUGGUUCUCCAGAGGUAAAAAGCUCCCAGAAGACCCUGGUGCUGACACUGUGGAUUUUCCCAAAAGAACAACUCCAGCCAAAGGCUAUGAGCUCCUCUUCCAGCCAGAGGUGGUGCGGAUAUACAUCUCCCUCCUGAAGGAAAGCAAGACUCCAGCUAUCCUGGAGGCUUCAGCAGGAGCCAUCCAGAACCUGUGCGCUGGCAGCUGGACGUACGGCCGGUACAUCCGCUCAGCCCUGCGCCAGGAGAAGGGGCUCUCCGCCAUCGCCGACCUCCUGACCCACGACAGCGAGCGCGUGGUCAAAGCGGCAUCCGGGGCCCUGCGCAACCUGGCCGUAGACCUGCGCAACAAGGAGCUGAUCGGCAAGCAUGCCAUCCCCAACCUUGUGAAGAACCUGCCUGGAGGCCAGCAGACCCCUGCCAAAAACCUCUCUGAGGACACAGUGGUGUCAAUCCUCAACACCAUCAAUGAAGUGAUCGUGGACAACCUCGAGGCGGCGAAAAAACUCCGGGAAACACAGGGGAUCGAGAAGCUUGUGCUGAUCAACAAAUCUGGGAACCGCUCAGAGAGAGAAGUCCGGGCAGCUGCCCUCGUCUUACAGACAGUUUGGGGCUAUAAGGAGCUGCGGAAGCCCCUUGAGAAGGAAGGCUGGAAGAAGUCAGAUUUCCAGGUGAACCUGAGCAAUGCCUCUCGGACCCAGGGAGGCAACUCCUUUGAUGACAGCACCUUGCCUCUCAUCGACAGGAACCAAAAAACAGACAAGAAAUCCUCCCGGGAGGAGAUCCAGAUGAGCAACAUGGGACCAGACAACUAUUCCACACUCAACGAGAGGGACCACAGCAGGACGCUGGACCGAUCCGGUGACCUUGGAGAGAUGGAGCCGGUGAAGGCAGCACCGUUGAUGGUGAGCAGUUCUCUUUAACUUGGGAGGAGCGGGAUGGGUGCAGGAAAUGCCACAUCACUGUCCUGUCUGGCGGAGGAGAGGAGAGCUGGGCUCCCACAACUAACACCCCCCAUGCCGUGGCCCUUACUAACCCCAUGUGUCUGCAGCAGGAGGAGGGGCAGGAGUCGCAGCCUGAGGUAGAGGAGGAGGAGGUGGAGGAAGAUGUUGCUGUGCCCUCCCCCGAGUCGGUAUGUCCCAAGGUGUCCUGCCCAAUCUGACAGUGGUGACAGAUCCUGCUGUGCUCUUAAGGGUGCUUGGCCAGCCAAAUCCUGCUGCAAUCACUGCUGCUGCAAUCACUGGUGCCGUGAUCCUGCCUCCACCCUCACUCCUGCUCCAGCCUUAACACUUGUCCCUCUCUCUCUCCACAGCAGAAGAUCUAGCUGGCCUCCCUGCCUCUGCUCCGUUUGGGUUGAUAAUAUAUUAUAUAUAUAAAUAUAUAACUCUUCAUGGUGGAAUGGACCGACUUUUACCUUGUCUUAUUGUUGGAAUUUUGCUGGACUCUCUGUGCCAACCAUCCAGCCAAACGCCUGGGCCAGGUCCCCAGGGCAGCCCGGGCCACUCAGUCUCCUCUGGGCCGCUGCACCUCCUUGUUCUGGGACACCACCACUGAGAACUCCUCCUCCCGUCCUCCUUCCUCCUGAGAGUAAAACCUUCCUGCCUGACUCUGCUGGAUCAGCCGGCAUGGAUGCUGCACAAGGACUCGGAUCUCUGCCUUGACCAGGAGCUGCCUUCUCUCCCACGCCUUCCCCCUGCUCCGAGGUGUCUCACAGGGACUGGGACCUCACUCGCCGCCGCCUUGUUUUUGGUUUGGUUUUGUUGCCUAUAGGAUAUAUUUUUUCCUGCGGGAUCACUCUUCAACCAGGGCCGUGGGGACAACAGGAGCAUCCCUCCUCCCUGAGGGCUGCAGGACCAGAGUCCAGGGGCUGGAGGCACAGGGUGGGGGGGAAAGAAAAUCAGCAAUAAUGUCUCUUGCUUUGCUCUAGAUGAGGCUUUGGGGGCAUGGGAAGGGGGAUCCAGCUCUGGAUCCUGCAGAGACGUCUGGAUGGGGCCCUUGCCACCACCCAGUGCCUGUGUGAGGAGGAUCCUUCUGUGAGGAAGGGGGUCAGUGCUGGGGCGUGGGGCAGGGUCCCUGUGGAGGAAGGAGAUGCGGCAGGGUUCUGGGGAGAGCGGGCGGCUCAGGGCGCACUGUGCCGGGCACCUGGAGCCGGGAUCCCGUGGCGCUGCCCCGCUGACUUUCUCUUGACACGUGCCUUUCUUUUGCCACUGUGAAAUAGCUCUUUGAAUCGUACUGUCCAGCUGCUUCCCUGGGAAAGGGGAGCUUCCUGGGCUUCCGGCAGGGCUGAGCUCUUCCCUUCCCCGCUGGGAGCCUUACCUGUCUGCAGUGGGGCUGGAAGCCUGUUUUGGGGGGAGCCCAACCCCCUUGCCCUCACCGAGAGGGUGCAGGGUGCUCAUCUGCAUCCUGGCCUGGGCUGCCACAGGAGUUGGGAUGUGCUGCUCCUCCUCCUCCUCUUGGCUGUGGUGCUGGGGCACAUCCAUGUGCUGUGAUCUUUCGGGGGGCCCUGGGGUUCCCUGUGCAACUGGAAGCCUCUUUAGGAGGCUGCAAACUGGAGCAGGAGCCCUCCCAGCCUGGGGCUCCCCUCAGGGCAGGGGGAGAUGGCAGGGGCAGAGCUGGUGCCUUGCUCCUGCCUCAGUUCCCCCCAAGCUCUGGCUGGGCCUGCCCUGCUUCCAGCCCCACCUCAGCUCGGUUGGGUUUUGUUCUGGGGUCUAACUCUUCUCUUUUCCUUUAAAUAUGUAAAACACUAAUUCCUUUUUUAAUUUUUAAUUCCAAAUGAACCAAAAAGACAGCGUCCCCCUUCUCUCCUCCUUGGCCCUGGUGGGGAGGGGGGCCAAGGAGGUGGGGAGGGGGAAGCGCCAAGCCGUUCCUUGUCUGAUUCCUGUGCACACUCUUGUAACGCUUUUAAAACAAAAUGAUUUUUUUAUAUAAAUAAAGUUUUUAAAGUGUGA